UUUUCCGGAAAGUCUGCGCCUGCGUGGAGAUGUAAAUUCUACACGUGGUUUCAUUUCUAGACGUUUCGGAGGUCAGACAGUUUUUGAGCUCAUUUUGCAGUAAAAAAAGAAGAUGGCCUCUGCCCUGAAGCGAUUCUUGCCCCUUUUUGACCGAGUUCUGGUGGAGAGAUUUGCACCAGAAUUGAAAACAAAAGGUGGGAUCAUGCUUCCAGAGAAAUCUCAAGGAAAAAUCCUUCAAGCCACUGUAGUAGCCACAGGAAACGGAGCCAGGGACCAGCAAGGUAACGUUGUACCAAUCAGUGUGAAGGUUGGAGAUCAAGUCCUCUUACCAGAAUAUGGCGGUACUCAAGUUGUCCUUGAUGAAAAGGAGUACUUCCUAUUCCGGGAUGGAGACAUUUUGGGAAAAUUUCAAUCAUAGAAAAUUUGUGUGAUAUUUGGUAAAUCUAAUGAAAGAUUUUGAGUGAACGAUAACAUUUCAGACAGAUAUUUGUGUGUUGAACAUGCAGACCACUACAAAUGGAGAAGCAAGUGCUACAGUAAUAUCUGGAAUUGUGUUCUUCAAACUGAAACGUUGACCACAAAAAGGGAGAUAAUCCACAGAUGUCAUCUCUCUUUUUUAUGAACUUGUCAUAUUUUAAAUUCAUUAAGUUCAUAAAUCAUGUUUGUUGUGUGUGUAUUCUGUGAUUACUAGUACAGGUAGAUGAUAUAUACGUGUAUUAAAGAUUAUUCAUAUAAAA